GGUCCCAUGCCAGCCCCCCCCGCGCUUAUCAGGGGCCGCGCGGGCGCCCGCCAGCCAGACCGAGCAGAGCCGCGGGGCCCGGCAUGGCCCCCACCGCCGCUGCCCUUGGGUUCCUGCUGCUCUGCGCCGCAGGGGCGUCCUGGGACCCAGGGGGCUUCGAGCGCGAAGCCGCCCUGCUCCUGGCCGAGGAGUCCCGGGACCCCAAGUGCUUCACACGGCUGCAGGACGAUCUGACCUGCUUCUGGGAGACCAGAGACAACCUCGAGUCGCAGCCUGAGCUCAGCCCCGGCGGCUACGAGCUGGAGUACCGCCUGGAGGACGAGGCCUGGCGCUCGUGCAACCUGAGCGCGGCGCGGGCUCCCGGGAACCGCACGCUGCUGAGCUGCGCCUUCCCCGCCCUCUACACGCCCGCGUUCACCCCACUGCAGCUGCGGGUCCUGCGCGACGGAAGCCUCCUGUACAACCGCACAAUCCAGGUGGACCAAGUGGUGCUGCUGGAGCCGCCGUCGAACCUGAGCGUGCGGCCCACCGAGACACGGGGCCAGGUGUGCGUGAGCUGCCAGCCGCCUCGCAACCGCUACCUGGAACCCAGCCUCUGCUACCAGCUGUCCUUUGCUGCCCCCGGCGCCACUGCCCAGAUGGUACAGUUCCCCGCGAACGGGCCCAAGUGCUUGUCCCUGGCCAUGCGCGGGCACACGCGCUACACCUUCGCCAUCCGUGUCAAGCCCGACGGCGUCAGCUACAAAGGCUACUGGAGCGCCUGGUCAGAGCCAGUCAGCCUCGUCACGCCCAGCGACCUGGACCCACUGGUGCUGACAUUGUCCCUCAUCGUGGUGUUCCUGACUCUGCUGAUGGUGUUUGUCACCCCGCUCUGCAACUGCAGCUCUCCCUCCAGGUUCCUGAAGAAUAAGAUAUGGCCAGUGAUCCCCAGCCCAGAGCGCAGCUUUGACGAGCUCUUCAGUGUCUACAAGGGCAACUUCCAGCUGUGGGUGGGGCAGAACAGCUCCUACCUGAGGCAGAACCAGAACGCCAACAAUGCGGAGGAGAAGCUGGUCCCACUGGAGAUCCUUUCCAAGGCCUCUGACCCUCCUGACAUCCCCUACCCACCCCCAAACAUACUCCCUGCCCCCACUGAAGACUACCUGGUGCUGGAUGAGCAGUUGGUGCCCCGCUCCCCUAGCCAGGACAUGGCACUGCCACCUGAUCUGGAGGGGCAGCUGAACCCCUCUGGAGUGACCCACUUGGCGCAGGUCUCACCCUCAUCUAGCUUUGAGUACACGCGAUUUGACCCCCACUCGGCCCAGUUGCAGCCCUGCCCACCCAGCCCCUCAGCCCACAGGGCCCUCAAGUACAGCUACCUGCUGCUCUCCAACUUUGACAUCUCUUCCAAGGCCAGUCGCACCUCGUCUUCCCUGCCCAGCCUGUACUCCAACCUCACCUCCCCACCCCUGCCCAGUUAGAUGGCCUGCUCAUAGCACUGGGGGAAGGGGGAACCUAGGCCCCUGUGGAGCCAGGAGGAUGAUGAAGGGGGCCACGACUCCAUCCUGGAAAAGGCUAGGGAUACCCAGGAGCAUGCAGAGGGGUGGAGAGUAGCCCGUGUGUGUGGGAGUCAGGGAAGACCCCACAGGCACAGAGCAGCCCCUCUGGGUGGGAAGGGUGCAAAGUCUGCCUCCAGCCAGCAGGGGGCAACGAGGGCACCUGCUCCCCAGGACCCCAGGACAGAGCCUAGCCCUCCACCUUGCAGCAGGUACCAGGGUCAGAGAUUGGCCAGGGGCUGGGGGCACCAACAUCUGAGUUGUCUCCCAGCUUUGGGGCAGAGCAGGGUCCGAAGGGUUUGAGCAGGGGGUCCGGGAACCCGGACACCUAGGUUCUCUCCUAUCCACUUGCCAUGGAGCCCCACCCCUGCCCAGUCUCCCAUGGGAACUGGGACCAGGACCAACUAGCCUCAGAGAUGGCUAAUGGCAGAGCUGCCCCAUGAGGGGAAAAGGGGGUUGGGGGAUCAGAGACCAGCCUGGAGCAACUCCUAGGAAGGUGGGCACCACAGCUGCCUGUCUGUGCCAGCCAGGCCCAGCACCAGCCCAAGCACCGGCCAGGGUCACUGGGUUCCUAUGGAAAACCCAUUACUGUUGUUUUCUUUGUAUUAAAGGAGGAUGGAAAAAAAAACCUUGGCAACUCUGGAAA